CUCAAAUCACUUCCGUCUAUUCUGGACAGGCACAGGCACAGGCACAAGCCAAGUUCAAGACAUGUUACUUUGUGCAACUCGGGGCUAUGUCCCGUCGUACUCAUAAGAAGUCCAGAAAUGGGUGCGUCCCUUGCAAGAGGCGACAUAUGAGAUGUGACGAAAAUCACCCAAUAUGCGUCAACUGCGACGCCGCAGAGAUUCGGUGUUCAUUCCUCGGUCAAAACUCGCCUCAAAUUGUGCCAGCUGUUCCGCAGGGCAAUGCCCUCCCAGCGGCUGCCAGUCGUGCAACCACUGCUACACUAACGCCAGAGGAAACACCAUGGCAGACACGUACCACGACUUGUCACGAGCAACUUGAUGCUUAUAGCCUAAAUCUGACUCAUAUCGAGCUGUUCAACAAUCUCUCCAACAUGGACUUUCUAUCCCCCGAAGACCUCACGCAACCAGGCAUCGUCCCCGUGGCAUUGUACAUCAAAUAUGCCCUUACGACGCCGUAUCUGAUGCAUCAGCUUCUCGCGAUGUCGGCUUUUCACCUCAGCAUCAAAUACGCCGAGUCUCGUAUGUUCUACCGCGAGUAUGCUACCGGUCUACAGACCCGUGCUUUAUCACUCUUCAAUGAGACUAAUAAGGUCCUCGAGGUAACUUCGGCAAAUUGUGCUCAGAUGUUCCUGUUCUCAGCCUUGAUUGGGGUCCACUUGUUGUGCGACGCUUUGCGAUAUCACAGAGACAGCCUAGAAGGAUUCAUUCACAGAUUUACACAUUGCGUGAGCAUUCAUUGUGGUGUUGUGGCUAUCAUCCUCGAGUCAACGCAUCUUCUCCGCGAGACGGAAGUGGGACCUCAUCUGAUACCGUCUCAUGUUUUCGAACAGACGCCGUCAACAAGCGACCCGGAAUGUGAGGCGCUCCGCAAUCUGUUACAUGGUACGAAUUUACCGCAGUCAUCACGAAAAGCCUAUGACAAUGCAAUAUUCCGCCUUCAGCAAGUGUUCGAAGCACAGCGUGCUUUUACGGGGACCAAACUUCUUGUGCCCCUGGUAUUUGCUUGGCCGGCUCUGCUUUCAUUCGAGUUCAUGGAGUUGCUCCGCCAGCAGCAAGCGGAAGCGCUUGUCGUUCUUGCGCACUACGCCAUGCUGCUCCAUCGUGGACGAGACUUGUGGCUGAUGGGUGAUGGCGGCCGUUUCUUGAUCGAGUCAAUCUGUGGAAGUCUUGCAUCCGAAUGGCACGAAUAUCUGAAAAUGCCAAUUGCAGCUCUGGAGGAGACCCCAUGAAUGUUGCUGCCUGCGACAAUCCUCUGGAGUUAGGAGCAGGAAACCAGGGCGAUGCAAUGGCACUUCGCGGCGAGUGGGUCAGGGCAAGGCCCUCCAUGCGCACUAGUAGGUCAUUACCCCUAAACUUACCGCCUCGGAAAGAGCCGUACGUGUACACUAAGCCCAAAACUGGCUUAUACGCGUACACUAAAAGCAUUGCACGAGGCUGUGGAUCAUAGAACCAGAAUUCUAACGUAUGUUCACAAACUUGCUCGCAUAACACACAAUGGACUCGGAGCAUGAGGCUGUGCUGAAAUGGGAUCCCGUCUCUGUAGAGGGGAAAAGAAUAUAAUGCCUACCGUAGCAACGUCUUCAGAGAUGGAUAUUUCAAUUAAACUAAUUUCAAGACUUUCAAUA